CUAAUUGGAUUCUAACUGUUGCCCAUUGUUUAGUUCCAAAUUUUACGCUAACUGUGCGCACAGUUCAGGACCUGAAAGCACAUACCGGGCAUACAUAUGGUGUACAGCAGUUGUUUAUACAUCCAAACUAUACGAUAGCAAAAGAUUUUAGAUAUGAUAUGGUAUUAUUGAAAUUGAAGUCACAGAUACCGAUACUGAUCACCGAAACAGUGGACAGAUAUUCACAUGUAGUCAACAGUAUAUGUUUACCUGAGAAAGACAUUGUUAACAGUGUCGAUGAAUUGGCAUUGACUGCCGGUUUCGGUAUGACUGAUGAAGGGAUCCAAAACACAGGGCUAUUGUGGAUGGGUUGGAUAAAAAUGGACAAACCUAUCAAUACAUUAAGAGAUCGUUGGGGUAAUUGGAUUUUGGCGCACAGGUAUCCAUUUAAGACUGGAUUAUCAUUUUGUAAUGGUGAUUCUGGAGGACCAGUGGUUCAGUAUGUCGGUGGACGGGCCGUACUAAUUGGUCUAAUAAUGGGUACCUCACACAGGGAUCUCUAUUGUCUCCGUUAUGAUGACCCAAAUGCUGGUGAUUCUGGCGGACCAUUGAUCCAGUAUGUCGGGGGUCGGGCCGUAGUUAUCGGACUGACCAAAUCUGGGAUAAUAGUAGUGAAUGGUUUGCACUCACGUAUCAAACAAUACCCGAACGUAACACUAGACACGUGUGGUAUCGGCAGACAGUCAUUGUUGAUAACUGACGGCCAUUGUCUCCGGUGGUCAUCCAAUGCGAUCACUAGUAGUAGUCUACAAAAUGGACGGAUAGCCGAACCGGGAGAGUGGCCGUGGAUUGCAUUGAUUUCAGGAAAAAAAUAUACUUUUUUUAUUCCAGCAAGAUCCGAUUAUACGAUAACUGUCCGAACAGUUCAGGACUUGAGACAAGAGGGCCAUACAUACGGCGUACAGAAACAGAUUGUUCACAACAAGUACAACACAAUUGACAAUAAAGUGGACAACAGAUAUGAUAUCGCAUUAUUGAAAUUGGAUUCACAGAUACCGAUACCGACAACAGCUAAUACAGGGGCUGCUGCUGGCGGUAGUGGUGGUAGUAGCGGUCAUCGGUAUGACCUGUCGCUACCUAACAGCAUAUGUUUGCCGGACAAAGAUAUUUUGAAUACUGACGAUGAGUUGGCAUUGAUUGCCGGUUUUGGUAAAUUAGAUGAAGGAGUAGCCAAUAAUGGACAACUGAUGAUGGAUUGGAUAAAAAUGGACAAACCGUUAAAUAAUAGUAAGGAUAAGUGGGGCGAUAGGAUCAGAGUUUACCGAUAUCCUAACAAUACAGGUGCCGCUAUUUGUAAGGGUGAUUCUGGUGGACCAUUGGUCCAGUAUGUCGGGGAUCGGGCUGUACUUAUCGGUCUAAUGAGAGCCAGUUCUCUUAAAAAAAAUGAUUGUCUUGACUAUAAAUCAAGUGGUUUGAUGGUUGCUAUAAGAGUUUCACGAUUUAUCAAUUGGAUUGUCAAUACUGUUAAUAAUAAUUAA